CAUUUCAUAUUAAUAUGAAACAAACAGACUACACUGACUCCCAGUGACAUUAAAGUUUGUUUUUCUCUUUCUGUGUCACUUUAGGUUUCACUUUCUUUUCCUCAGAAAAGGGCAGUGACUGUGUCUUCCACAGUGUUGUUCGUCUACAUACACCAACACGGGCUACAAUGGAAGCGGCGAGAGAUAAAUACAACAUCUUUCCCCCGAGUUCAACAUUUGCUGUUUCCAAGCCCCCAGUUGCUGUCAGUGCAGCGAUCACAGCUCCAAACUUAUUUGGAGCACCUUCGGUGGUCAAAGAUGCUCCAAACCCAUUUGCUUUAGGUUUUCCAGUUAGGUCGAAGGUCAACGAUCAGGUGAAAAAGGAGAUGAUCUCUACAAAAGUUUCUGGCAAUCUUGGAUCUGGGGAAGAAAUGGACGUUUCAACACAGCAAAUGACGAACGGAUCUUUCAAAUUCGGAACACCUUCCAAGUUGGAAUCUCCGUGGAGAGAUGUGGAGUGGACAGAGGCACGAAGGAGCAGCCUGAUGAAGACCGUCAGCUCCCACAGACCAAGCUGUAAUGAGAUGACUGAGACCAGGGUUCUCCUCCUGGGCCCAGUUGGUUCUGGAAAGUCCAGUUUCAUCAGCUCAGUCCAGUCGGUCUUCAAUGGAAGGGUCACCAACCGGGCCAUGGUUGGCUCCUCCCCUAACAGCUUCACUAAAAAGCUGCAGUCUUUCAACAUUCGUGGUCAGAAGGGAGAAGAUGUCCCCAGACUGGUGCUGUGUGAUAUUAUGGGGCUGAGUGAACAAGAGAUGACCGGACUGACCCUCCAUGACAUCCUGUCCGUCAUUAAAGGUCAUGUACCUGAAGGACACAAGUUCAGCCCAGAUCAGCCAGUGAGACCCGAGACAGAGGGCUAUGUGAAGUGGCCUGGACUAAAAGACAAAAUCCAUUGUGUGGCCUUUGUGGUGGAUGCCUCUAAAAUCCUCAAAUACCCUAAAGGCACCAGCACCAUCUUCAAGCAGCUCAGAGAACACAUCAGUGACCUGGGUGUUCACCAGGUGGCUCUGCUGACCCACAUAGACCAACUUUCUCCAGACACUGCCAAAGACGUCACCCAUGUUUACAGGAGCAGCUUAAUCCGAGACAUGAUGAGUAAAGCCGGAGAGCUGCUGGGUAUGUCCACGUCCUACAUCGUCCCCGUGCAGAACUACGCCUCAGAGCUGGACGUGGACGUGAACAUGGAUGUGCUUCUUCUCAGUGCCGUCGACCACAUCAUGCAGUAUGCCGAUCUGUAUUUCCAGGACCACACAGGGAAGGCUGAGACAGACAUUUUUGAGGACAUGGCCUGAGCAGAACAGUUCAUCUACAAAUGAGCUUAUUGAUGAUGAGUGUACUUUUUGAACAUCACAAUAUAACUACUGUCCGUUAAUCAAUCAUUAAAAAAUGUAUUUUGAACGCAAAAA